AACAACCUCUUGUCUAGUGCAGCAGAGCGCUGGGCUUGGUUUAAACACACAAUGGCUUCUGCCACCGCAACGACGUUGGAGAGUAAACCCUCCAAGGCGCUGGUUCUCCAUGGAGCAAAGGAUCUUCGAUUGGUAGGUUCUCGGUCAGCGGUCUCUGCUUCGUCUUUUUUUUUUAACUGUCUCGAUUCACCUGCUAAUAAGACCAGGAAUCCCGUCAAACUCCCCCUCCCACAGGAUCAGAAGUGCAAAUCGCCAUUCGAGCCACCGGCCUCUGUGGCUCCGAUCUCCAUUACUACAACCACGGCCGCAAUGGCGACUUUGUCGUGCGCGAGCCCAUGGCCCUGGGCCACGAGUCCUCCGGCGUCGUGA